AUGUGUCAAGAUGAAGGAGGAACAUUGUUCGACCCACAAGACCCUGCAGUUUCAGGACUCAUUGAUGCACUGGAACAGUUUCAAAGCUUUUAUACAUACUUUCAUAGAUAUGCGUGUCUAUUCAUUUGCAUUAUAGGAGUCUUUAGUAAUGCAAUUCAUAUUGCGGUCCUAUCUCGUCCCCGAAUGCGCCGUUGUGCCGUCAACAGUGUUUUAACUGCUGUCGCAUUCUGUGACGUCAUAACAAUGACCUCAUACAGUAUAUACUUGAUGAGGUUUAGAUUUUAUGAGACCGACCAUGGCUACAGCUACAUUUGGCUGGUUUUUCUAAAGUUUCAUGUGUGGUCAUCCAUGACUCUGCAUGCAAUCACAUUGUACAUGGGAGGAGUACUGGCUUUCAUCAGAUGGCAGGCUCUAGGAAAUAUACAUAGUAAAUGGUUACAACCGAAGAACUCUUGGCAAGUAUUCGGAGUGGUGAGUGUAGCCAUGUCUAUUGUUUGUCUUCCAACUUUGGUUCUUCACAAAAUUUAUGAAAUCGAUAGCCCUGAAGUCGAAACAUCUACAGUUUCCGAAGUUCUUCGGUUGAGUGGGCAAAGUUUACCAAAAGAAGUUCGAUACAGUUUAAAUUUUUCAACGUAUUCAUGCGCCUUUUUCAAAUUCAAUUUAUGGAUGCUAGCCGUAGUUUUGAAGGCUAUUCCUUGUGCCCUUCUCCUGUGGUUCACACUGGCGCUGGUUUUGAAACUCCGUCAAACUGACGAAAAAAGAAACUAUUUGUAUUCGAAGAGCUUUCGAAAACAUGUGAAAAAAACCACAGUACCUGAUCGAACUACGUAUAUGCUUAUCAUCAUGUUGGUUGUUUUCUUGGUCACAGAAUUACCACAAGGGUUUUUGGCUCUACUAAAUGGAUUAUAUACCGGUGAUGUGAAUAUUUACAUUUACAAGAACUUGUCAGAGUUGUUGGAUUUUCUAUCACUGAUAAAUUGCAGUGUGGACUUUCUUCUCUACUGUGUUAUGAGUUCUCGUUAUCGUCAAACAUUUGGUCACAUGUUGAUCAGGGUCGAAUCUUGGCUUAGAAACCAUGGAGAACGUCGUCGUCUGGCUCGUGAGAUUAAGAAAAAGUGUCCAGCCCCGGUUGGUGUAUAA